GCUGCUUUGUAUUUUUCCGGGUGUGUCGCCAAUCCAUCCCCGACGCCGGGGACGGGGGCGGGAACGGGGGAUUCAGCGCAGGCUGUCCGGGGGCGGGGACGGGGUACCACUACCCACCGGCCACCGGGGAUGGCCCCGUUGCCAUCCCUCCAGUGACGACACAACUGAAUUCGCCCAAACGGAAAGAAAACAAGGUGAGAGGGUGAGGAAGAGAUUCCUCUUCCUUGCUGCCGCCAUCGAAACCGCUCUUCUUCCCUGCUGCGGGGUGAGGGAUGGAGCGCGUGAGGAGGGCUUCGCACGCCGGCUCUUGGUACACCAACAAUGCCAGGAAACUGGAUGAGGAACUUGAUGGUUGGCUGAGGGCUGCUGGUCUCACCAAGUCCCCUGAUGUGAGGGCAGUAAUUGCGCCCCAUGCUGGCUAUUCAUACUCAGGGCGGUGUGCGGCUUAUGCUUUUGGCAACAUUGAUCCAACUAACAUUUCUCGGGUCUUCCUGUUAGGCCCUUCACAUCACUACUAUACUCCAAAAUGUGCAUUAACAAGAGCUACUAUUUAUAGCACCCCAAUUGGGGAUUUGCCAGUAGACCAUGAAGUAAUUGAGGAACUCAACGCUACAGGAAAAUUUGAUUUUAUGGACCUUAGUGUGGAUGAAGCUGAACAUAGCAUGGAAAUGCAUUUACCCUAUCUUUCUAAAGUUUUUCAGGGACAUAACGUAAAAGUUGUCCCUAUCCUUGUUGGUGCCCUUAACUCCCAAAAUGAAGCCAUGUAUGGGCAGUUGCUCUCUAAAUAUCUUGACGAUCCGAAGAACUUCUUUUCUAUCUCCUCAGAUUUCUGCCACUGGGGAACCCGGUUUAGUUACACAUACUACGAUAAGAGCCAUGGUGCUAUACAUAAAUCGAUAGAGGCCUUGGACCGCAUGGGCAUGGAGAUAAUAGAGACUGGUAAUCCAGAUGCAUUCAAGCAGUACCUGCAAGAGUAUGAGAAUACCAUAUGUGGACGCCACCCCAUCAGCGUUUUCCUCAGCAUGCUGAAACAUUGUUUGACAAAGAUCAAGAUCGGAUUUGUUCGGUAUGAGCAGUCAAGCCAGUGCAAGAGCAUGAGGGACAGCAGCGUGAGCUACGCUUCUGCGGCAGCCAAGGUGGAUACUCCAGCCGAAGAAGAGAAGGAUUAGAUUGUGGAUUUUGCACGGAUCACUUGUACAACCCCCGCCUGCAGCUAGCAUGAUCGGUUUGCAAUCCAUUGUAUCUGCCUGCCAAACUCUAUAAAGUAAUAACAGGUUCUUGUUGAAGACCGAUCGUUGCAGCAAGGUGAACACCAGGUAACAACAAUGAAUAAGGAAUACUCAUAUUUCUGGAUACAUUUACCCUAGCAUCUACGAGCUGAAUAUUCUUUU